AUGCCUCCAGAUCGAGGUCGCGCUUCUCAGCAACUCGAAAGAACAGUCGGGGCCCUAUUAGAGCGCUUGGGAGAGGACUCGACUAGUAUCAUGCCUCCGUCCGUUGAGCGCCCUGAUAACCCUGCGAGUUCAUCACACAAAGAUGCAGCGAGGACAGCGCCGAAGACAGAUUAUCCCUCGGCUCCACCUGUCAUGGUCAUUCGUGAUCUAGCAUCGGAUGUCGGAGUGAAAUCACCAGAUGCCAGCUCAAACGAAUCGGUGCUAGAUGGUCUCAUAUCGGCCGAUCUAGCUAUUAAUCUCAUGACCAUGUACGUUUUCGGAACCCCCCACGAAGCAUCAAGUCUGAUGAAUAAAGCUUCCUAG